AUGAAUAGUCCUUCUGGCCGGGCUGGACUCAUCAAGGCUCGCGACGAAGCUGGCAGCAUGGAGAAACUGGCACAUUCCGUCCUCGACGAUAUAUUGCACAACGUCAUCUCGGACCUCCUCGUCAAGGUCCAUCGCGAGGAGAAGCAGGCCAAAGCCACCUCGGCCGUCAUCCGAGUCGAGAAGAUGGCUUCGGACGCCUCCGAAAGCUCAACUCCUGAUUCGAAACCCGAUGUUCGCAUAGAAACCGACGCCGCCGUAUACGAGGACGGAAAGGUCACCCUCAAGGGCAACCCGCUAAAGACCACCACCGAGAUACUCUGCCCCAAGUGCCAUCUGCCCCGACUGCUCGCGCCCACCGACGGCAAGGGCGCCGUCAAGCCCGACCCUACCAUCAUCUACUGCAAGCGUCAUCCGUACAUUGACAAGCCCGGCUGCGAUAUUUACGGCCAGUCUUGGGUCGCCCCGGGUCCCGGCCGCGGCAAGAAGAAGAAGGACAUGGAGAAGCCAGAUCCAGCCGACAAGCCCGCCAAUGUGCUGUCCUUUCCCUCGGCCACCUGCAGCAAAUGCAAGCGGUGCAUCCUCGUCACCCGAUUAAACAACCACAUGGGCUCCUGCAUUGGCAACAGCGGCCGCAACGCCAGCCGCGCCGCCGCCCAAAAGAUGAAUGGCAACUCCCAGCACGACAGCACCCCGCCCUCGUCGCAAAAAGCCACGCCCGCACCGGGAUCGCGAGCCUCGAGCCCUAGGAAACGAGACGCCGCCGGCAGUGACGACGACGAGGACGAUGACGACGACUCCGAGGCGAGCCCUAAGAAGAAGAAGAUCAAGUCGGCCGCCGGUGCCCCCAAAAAGGUCAUUCUCAAGACGAAGCCCAACAUGAAGCCGGAAAAGGCCCGCGUCUCUUCGCACCUCAAACAAGAGCACAAGUUUGACGACAGCGACUCGACGCAUGAUAAAACGCCGACAAAGGCCCUCAAUAAGCACACCAGCCCGCUGAAAAAGGUCAAGGUUCAGAAGCCUACGAGCUCGCCCCUGUCCCGAAACGGCAGAGACAUCGACAUGAGGUCAGAGUCUUCAGAUCCAAUGUCUUCGCCGCCCGGCCGAUGA